AUGGCGCAAAGUCCUGUCCUGCACGCAGACGGCCGCAUCAAUGCCAACGUACUGGCUGCCACGUACGCCGUGCGCGGCAAAAUCUAUGAGAUGGCCAUGCAACGCAAGGCCGAGGGGAAAAAGGUCAUUCUGACUAAUGUGGGUAAUCCCCACAGCCUGGGCCAACCUGCCAUCACCUUUCCCCGCCAAGUCCUGGCCCUCAUGAAUUACCCAGCUCUCUUGGACGCCCCCAACGUUGGUGACCUCUUUCCUGCCGAUGUCAUCGCUCGCGCCCGCACAUACCUCGAGGCUUUCCCGGGUGGCACCGGCGCCUAUCAAGACUCGCGAGGCAACCCUGCUAUCCGCAAAGAGGUCGCAGACUUUAUCUCUGCUCGCGAUGGCCACCCUGCCUCCCCGGACGACAUCUUCCUUUCCGACGGCGCCUCACCUGCCAUCCAAAAUUGCCUCAAGAUGCUCAUUCGCGACAAGCAGGACGCCGUCUUGCUCCCCAUCCCCCAAUAUCCUCUCUACUCGGCCGCUUGUGUUGCCCUUGGUGGCACGGUUCUGGGCUACGAGCUCGACGAGGACAACAACUGGGCUCUGGACAUGAACUCGCUUCAACAGGCCAUCGACGACGCCAAGCGACGUGGCCUCACCAUCCGCGGUAUGGUCAUCAUCAACCCUGGUAACCCCACUGGUCAAGUCCUGCCCCGCGACAACAUGGAGGCCGUCGUCCGCUGGUGCAUCAAGCAGCGUGUGGUUCUCUUCGCCGACGAGGUCUACCAGACCAACAUUUAUGGCGACCGCCCCUUCAUCUCCUUCCGCAAGGUCAUCAAGGAGCUGGGCGCGGACGCCCAAGGCAUUGAGUGCUUCUCCUUCCACACCGUCAGCAAGGGCGUCUUUGGCGAGUGCGGCCGCCGCGGCGGCUACGUUGAGCUCUUGGGCAUUCACCCUUCCGCCCGUGAACAGCUCUACAAGCUCUUUUCCAUCAAUCUCAGCUCCAACGUCGAUGGCCAGCUCAUGGUGGGCCUCAUGUGUAGCCCACCCCGCCCCGGUGAUGCCUCCUACCCCACUUUCACCACCGAAUGCGACGCCAUCUUCCAAAGCCUCAAACGCCGUGCGGCCAUGGUUACCGAGGCCUUUAAUCGCCUUCCCUUCAUCUCUUGCCGCAACGUUGAGGGCGCCCUCUACGCCUUCCCCCAGAUUCAGCUGUCCAAGCGCGCCUGCGCUGAGGCUGAAAAGCGUGGCGUUGCCGCUGACGUGCUGUACUGUAUGGAGCUUCUGGAUGAAACCGGCAUCUGUGCCGUGCCAGGCUCAGGCUUUGGCCAGCGCGAUGGCACCUUCCAUUUUCGCACCACCAUCCUCCCACCCGAGGAGCAGUUUGAGAGCAUCCUCCAGCUCUUUGCCGACUUUCAUCUCAAGUUCAUGGAUCGCUACGGACGCCCUGCUGAAGCCAAAAUGUAG